AUGAUCGAAAGAUACGGCUUCAGCAGCAACUGCACGGUGCUUCCCUUUUUAGGAGAUAAUCCCGCUUCAUUAGCCGGCUUGAACCUUUCCGAAGAUGAUGUGGGUAUUUCACUUGGAACCAGUGAUACCGUCUUCUUCACCACGAACGAGUAUAAGCCAUGUGUGGAUGCACAUUUCUUCAGUCAUUUCUUAGGAAAGAAGGAUGAAUUCAUGGCGCUUGUUUGCUUUAAAAAUGGCUCGCUGACCCGUGAACGAGUGCGUAAACGACUUGGUUGUGAAUGGAACGAUUUCGGAACGCUUCUCGCAAGAACUCCACCUGGGAACGACGGGAAUAUAGUACAGAAGGAUGAUGAUAGCUAUCACCUAGUCGAGGAAUUUGCACCGGAGACUGAAGCACGAGCGUUACUCGAAGGUCAAUCGCUGUUGAAGUUAAUGUACGCCAAAACUAUGGGAUGUACUACGGGAAAAGGCCGCCUUUUCCUCACAGGUGGUGCGUCAGCUAAUCCCGAUUUGCAGAGGAUUCUCUCUGAUGUCUUCGCCAUGGACACCUACAUAUUGAAUGUUCCAGAUUCUGCGGCUUUGGGUGGAGCUAUGCUCGCCAGAUACGCCUACUACUCCCCGAACUCAUCAUAUAGCGACUACUACAAGAGUACGUGCGUUGCAAAAGUUGCCGAACCGAAUUUGGAGAAUUCCCAAGUUUACGAGCAGAUGCUGGAGGAUUUCUCUUCACUAUGCCGAUCCAUUCCAGUCAUGGACUAG